GGGCAGGAAACAAGGAGCAGAGAGUAUGAAAAUAUCAAAGGGAAAAACAAGUAGGCAGACCUUAUGCAUAUAUUCUGAGCCAAAUUUUGCUCAGUUGCUCACAGAAGUAGUUACACUGAAGUCAGAGAGGAGGAAGAGGUGCAAACCAGGAGUGGAGGGUAAGGCCUUUGGCAGAAGAGGCAUGGCAGAGGUUUGGAGGGAUGGAAUAAACUUGGGAGUAAGUGGCUCCCAUUCUUGUGAUUUAACAACUUGAUCGCAUCUCCCUCCACCGGGAGGCAACAAUUUGUCACCUUUGUACAGUAUUAGGAUUUAGGCUUUAGGAAUAAAUAUAAUAGUUUUGCAUUAUGUUUUGACAGGUUUUUUUUUAAAUCCUCAUUUCUAUUUCUGUUUUAUUCAAAGUGAAGCUCUGAAUAAUACAGAAAUAAUGUAAAGGUUAGCUGUGUGUAGCUGGCCUUUAAAUUCUAUAAACUUGUGCAUAUGAUUAUGAAGAUCUUUAUUUUCAUACCAAACUCAACUCAAGCUUAAAAUUAACUUUACAUAUCUAUUAGUUUUAUCUGUAAUGGACACUUCUGAGCAUUCAGGCUAUAAAUUUUUCAUUUACUUCCCUGAAUUAAUUUGCUUCAGAACAAACAAAAAGCUAUUGAACUGAAAGAGGAAAUGCUUCCCUGCUAUCUUCUUAUCUCUGCUUUUAGCAUACUGGUGAAACAUAAUUCAUAAGUAUAAUGACAUAGGAGCUAUUUGGGUUUCAUUUAAAGGGGGAAGGACCUGCAUUAUUUUUUUUCCGAAAGGAUUAUGACAAUGUCAUUCAAUUUUACAGGACUUCUUACCAGAUUGCAAACUACAGCACCCACUGUACGGGCUUUAUCUAUGUCUCAUUCCUUGACUCAAAAAGUUCUAUGCUCUUUAUGGAAACUGGGGCGACUCAAUCAUGUAGCAAUUGCAGUUCCUGAUUUGGAGAAGGCUCAGUCUUUUUACAAGAAUGUUUUAGGAGCCCAAGUGAGUGAAACAGUUCCUCUUCCUGAACAUGGUGUCUACACUGUUUUUGUGGAGCUGGGAAAUACAAAGCUGGAGCUGCUGCACCCUCUAGGAGAGAAAAGUCCAAUUGCAGGUUUUCUGCAAAAAAACAAAGCUGGAGGAAUGCAUCAUAUCUGCAUUGAGGUUGAUGACAUAAAAGCAGCGAUGUCAGAACUGCAUGAAAAGAAGAUCCGAAUAUUGAGUGAAGAGCCGAAAAUAGGGGCGCAUGGCAAACCAGUGAUUUUUCUUCACCCUAAAGAUUGUGAUGGAGUCCUUGUAGAACUUGAACAAGCCUGAACUGCAAUCCUAAAAAAUGAAACUGUGAAUGAAUUGCAAACCUAAUGAGAUGGUGUUGGAAUUUGUAUUAUGCCUUUCACUGAGUAAAAGUCAUAGUACCUAA